UUCUUUGCUUCCUGCCUUUUUAUUUGUGCGCUUAUUUUUUUCCACCACAGCCUCAGUUAAUUUGAAGUACUUCGCUCUUUGACGUCUUUGUAUUUCAUUUGCUUUUUUUUUUUUUUUAUAUAUAAUGCGGCUGUUUCCCGUAUAUUCACUCCAAAACGCGCUUUUUUCGGGGUUUUAUUCUCUAACAGCGCCCUACUGUUGUUUGCGCGUUUGUUGCCUUUGGUGAAUUAUGGACUAAUAGAAAAGAAAAAAAAACGUAUAAAUGCACCUGCCGUCAAAGGGAUACCCUGCGUUUGAAAUCGAAGAGGUGUGUGUGCCCUGGGUGCAGCCUGGCCGGUGCUGUAGAGGCGAUGAAGAACCCAGCAGCCGCGGGCAGCCGCCAGCUGGUCGGCCUGCUGGAGGCCGCUCUGGUCAGGGAGGCUCGCCUCUGGAAGGCACCUGUCUUCAAGAAUGGACGCAUCCAGGGUGCUGACAUCUCUUCAUCCCAACACCAAGAAAUUAUCCUGUGGCUCGGAGAGAUGAACAGGCUGUUCCGGUUCUGUCCAGAGACCUUUGCACUAGGAGUCUGUGUCCUCAACAGACUGCUGUCCAUCGUCAAGGCCCAACCAAAAUACCUGAAAUGCAUCGCUUUUACCUCAUUGGUCCUGGCUGCCAAAAUCAACGAAGAAGAUGAGGUAAUAGGUUCUGUUCAGGACCUGGUUGUGCAGAGCGGAUGCAACUUUUCAACAGCGGAGAUUCUUCGCAUGGAGAGGAUCAUUCUAGACAAGCUGAACUGGGACUUGUACACAGCGACGCCAGUCGACUUCAUUCACAUAUUCCACGCCCUGCUCGUCUCCGGCCACCCUCACCUCAUUCCGUCCAUCGGGCUCUGCUCCGGCGCCGGCUGGGACCCGGCGGCGGACCCCGACGCGCUUCCCGCCGGGCAGGAGCGUCAGAAGAGGCCCGUGGGCUUCCAGGCGGCGUUGUGGACCAGGCAGGUGCAGCACUGUAUGGCCUGCCACCAGCUCUGGCAGUUCAAGGGCUCCACGUUGGCCUUGGCCAUCAUCACUUUGGAGCUGGAGGCGGUCACGCCCGACUGGUUCUCCGUCUUCACCGAGCUGCUGAAGAAAGCACAGAUAGAUAGUGGCGAGUUCAUCCACUGCAAAGAGAUGGUGGACGAGUACCUGCACAGCCUCGAGUUCUCCCUGCCGGCCAACGCCGUUUACAUCUUCGACAGCGCCCAGAUCCCGGACGAGGAGCGAGCCUGGAGCCCCACGCAGCGCCUCCGGAGGGGACCGGGCGGCGGACAGCAGGGGGACUCUGAUGAGUACUACGACGGUUUGAGGGGCUUGUAUGACGAGGAGAAGACUCCGGGGCCGCAGGGGAACAACGUUGAGGGUUUGUUCGAUUCCCAGCAGAAACGCGCCUCGCCCUGCCCGCCACUGCACCCCGCCGUCAACUAGUCGGGACAUUUAUUCACACCGUCCUCCUCGCAAAAGAGCGCAGUCCUCUCAUUUCAAAGUGAGGAUGUUAGUCCAUUAUACUGUAGAUCAGUACAUUUUAGGACCUCAAUUGUAAGUUUCACAGGAUCUGAAGUAGACUUAAAUCCAGAUGUUAUUUACCUGACUUAUCAUUUACAACUGAUUUAUGAGAAAAUAUUGUUUUAGUCUCUUCUGUGCACACUUGAAUCUGGAGGUGUGUAUGGGUCGGCAUUAUUCGGAUGCCAUGAUUGGUUUGCAGCUGGGCAGUUGAGGAAAAAUUGUGGGGAAUCAUUGAGCCUGUUUCUCUUUGGUUAAGAGUUAUUGGUCUAUUUGAGUUCUACUUAGUAUUAGUAUUAUUAUUAAUGCCAUAUUUUUACUUUUUAUAACCUACCUGUCCUUUUAAUAUCCACCACAAAUGUUUUUUAUUUACCAAGUUGGAGGUUAAAGGAUAAGAUUGAGGCAGUUGUGUGUUUUUUAUGAGUGUGGUUGAGGCCAAGAAUGGCUCUUUAUUUUUUAUUCUGUUUGAGAGUUGAUCCUGAUAUUGUUUGUCGUAAGGUAUCUUGGUGCUCAGGUUCCUGCCUAGAUCCACAUAGCACUUUGAGAUAAAGACAACUUUUUUUUUUUUUUAUAGCAAAUAAUUCUAUUUUUUCACAACCUUUUUUGUGAUUAUUUUAAUCUCUUACUGACAUGUACUAAUUUGUGUGCUUUUUUUUUUUUU